UGAUGCAGGAAGCUGACGUGUAAUAGUCACCUUUUUGCAAAGAAGAGGACAAUAUCUUGUUUGGAGGAGCAGCCAAGAUUUGUAGACAUUUUUUUACCUUUUUGAACGACGUCCAUCCGGAGCCAUCAUGUGUACAGGAUCCUGUUCGAAGUUCGUCGCCAUCCCGCUCUAUGUCCUGGCCCCGGUGUCGAUCAUCUGCAACAUCAUGCUCUUCUUCCCUGGCUUUGAAACAAAGUAUGCAGCCGAGGACAGGGAUGGACUGCUGCGUAUCACAGAGGAGGUGAAAUACAUGGGAGGCCUGAUAGGAGGAGGAAUCAUGGUCCUUAUUCCCGCCAUCCACAUUCACCUGACCAGUGCUAAGAACUGCUGUGCCAACCGCUGUGGGAUGUUCCUGUCCAUUGGUUUUGCUGCAGUUGGUGUGUUGGGGGCCGUGUACAGUCUGAGUGCUGCUGGCCUUGGCCUUUCUAACGGGCCAACGUGCUUGUGGAGCAACGGAGGAACCCCAUUAGAGUGGGGCACGCCCUUCGCUGGCGGUAACGGUAGCUACCUGGCCAACAAGGACAUGUGGAAUUGGUGUAAAGAGCCAGAGAAUGUGGUUGAAUUCAACGUGGGUCUGUUCUCCACCCUGCUGGUGGCGGCGUGCGUGGAGCUCGUCCUCUGUCUCAUCCAAAUGGUUAACGGACUGUUUGGAUGUAUCUGUGGCACCUGCGGCAAGGAGUAAGCUCAGCUACAACACACCAUGACUUCUUGAAGAACAACUGACAAGAAAAACAUCAUCGCCGUCACCAUGUUUAUCAUCAUCGUCAUAAUCUGCUUGAGGGUGUUCAAUAACGGUGCCCUGACGCUGUUUUUCUGUCCAAAUCAUAUACGUUGUUUUCAUUCUUCAAGAGGAAUGACUGGGAUGAUCCAUGAAUUAUUACUCCCUCGACUUUUUAAUUGCCUCGAUCUGUAGAUGGUAAAAAAAAUGGAUGAAAGCUGUAUUUGUAACUUAGUAGGUUUGAAAAUAUUUUGUAAUAAAGAUCUGCACAUACAAUAAAAGAGGAGAUAGCAUGAUG